CCGCUGCGCAUAGUCGAAACGGAAGGAAAAUCGUUUUAAUUCCCUGUGAUCUGUGUUUGCGUGUUGAACUCGAGUUUUUUUUAGUUCGUUGUUAUCUUUUCAAUUUCACUUGGAUGUGCAAUUGCCGACGCUAAAAAUACGUAACGCGUGCAAGAAAUAAAGUGUAUCUCGCCCGACGCUCAGUUGAAAUAAUUACAAGGAAUAUAUAUACAUAUAUAAACGCCACGUUCUCGCGUUCUAACAAACUCUCCAAUAAAACACUCAAGCAGCACAUUACAUAUACUCGACCACGCUGUAUAAUUAGUUACUUGCCGCAUAGCAACAAUAAUAAUAUCAAACAUUUCGAUGAUCUGAAGUGACACAAGUUUUUGCAACGAAAUAGUAGUGUAUUUGGUGUCCAAGAACCGCGAAUAAAACCAAUCGAAUAGAGAGUGAAAACCGGGAAAAGUUAUACACACCUUACCCUGCGCCUUUUCAAUGUAGCCCUUCAUGGAUAAUUAACACGAGAGCGUUGUGUGACUAUAUAGCAAAAUCGUGUUAAAGUCGUGUUCGCAGUGGCUGAAUCUAGCAGCGAUCCAACAAAAAGUGACCCCGCAAUCAUCAUCUCAAAAGCCCCCUGCGAAUUUCUCUCAUUUGCCUGAGUCACGAGCCAUUUCAAUUUUCCGUUCCUCAAAUGGGUUGACUUGUGAUAUUGCUGCUUCCUGGACCCGGGAAACAAAAGGGAUACAAAUUGAACCUCAAAAGACAUAGCCAAACUUCAAUAAGCCCACCGCCAAACCACCGAAAGUCGAUUAAACGCAAUAGUUAGCCAAAUAUAAAAACACCUGAAAACCGUUGGAAUCUCUGCUUGAAAGCAGCGCACCACCCAUGAACCAAUCGGCCAAGGCGCUCAACAGCGUGGCCACCGAGAUCAGCACCUCCUGCUCCUCCAGCACCUUCACCAUCCAUCCACAGAACCACCUGCACACUGGCCACCUGAUUGCCCACCGUCUUGGACACUCCUACGCCGCUCGUGCCGAUCACAAUUAUCUGGGAUAA